AUAUUGUUGCCAAUCUCUACAUUCUUGAUGUCUGUUGAAACUGCUUGAAACUCCUAAAAUCCAUCUUGAAUCUUUCUUGAGAUUGCUUUGUACUUGUUCUUGAAACUGAAAUCCAAAGGAAAUGGAUAAUGAUUAUUGGAAUCCUCAUUAUCUUGAUACUUGUCUGAAAUUAAUUCUUGCACUGUUCUUGAAAUCUAUUUUGAGUUGACCUUGAAAACCAUUCUUGUUCUGACACUGGCUCUUGUUCAAAUUCUGUAUACUGCUCUUGUUCAAAUUCGAUAUACUGCUCUUGCUCAAAUCCUGCAUAUUCUGCUCGUUCUUGUUUCUGUAUACUUCUUGAUCUUCUUGAUUCUUGGUUUUUGUUCAUAUGGACACCUCUUUAGGAGGGGUGAUGGUUAUUAGAAGACACCUAUAUGAGGUAUCCUCGUUCUUGUCUCUUCUUGCAAGUGUUAAAUUCUGUAUCCUUGAUGCCUUAGCUUUGACUUGGCUCUAGGAUGUUUAGGCUAAGCAGAUUGUAGCCUCCAUGAGCUACGAGGUAAAGGGGUAGUCCUUGAAAUACUUGAUACCCUAGAGUUUUGUUCCAAGUGAAAUGGUUCUUUGGUCUGGCUGCUUGGAUUUUUGUUUGCCCUUUUAAUUGGAAGACAUGAAUCUUCUAAGCAUCUUGAUCCCAGUCAUUGCUUUGUUCUGUUAAUUAAUUCUAGUACUUGAGGUGCUAGAUCUUGAUCUCCUGAUUAUAUCUGCUCUCGAAUUCUUGUUCUCAUUGUCAUUAUUGAAAUUUCUUUUGUGGGCCUAAUUUUUGGAAUUCUAUUGCCUGUUUCAUGGUUAACUCUUGUCUCUCAAUUUUGAUUGCUUGGUUAAAUUUGAUCUUGAUUCUUGGUGAAUGCCAUUUUGUUGCUGAAAUUCUUGAGGCAUUCUACCUUGCACUCUUAUGUUCCGGUAUUCUUCCAAGCAUUCAUAUUUUCCAUUGAUUUUAUUCUGUUGCAAUUCUUGAGAUCCUUACAUGUCAUUUGAUGGUCCGAGCUUUUAACUCUUGUUAAUUGCUAAAAUCCAUUUCUUGAUUCCAAUUGUUUUGUUAAACAUGAUCUUGUUGGCUAACCUUGUUGUAGCAAAGUGUGUAAGGCAUCCAUGUAUUUGUUCAUUCAUUUAUGAUCCAUAUAUCCAUUGGAUGCUUAUCCGUCUUUGAUAGAGUUCAAAGUUUUGUUGUGCUCGUCAUUAAAUCCAUGCCAUUCUUUGCUAACUCGUCUUGUGAUGGGUUCGUAGCGUAACCCCACAAUUGUUCUUUUGUGGUGUUGGCAGGAUUUAUUUUUAUUCCUUGUGCUUCCCAUAUCACCCCAGCCUCUAAUAGCUCAUUUCGUGGUAAACCCUGUUAAGUAGUUAGUGUUCUGCUUUUAUGAUUUGUUGUGAUUUGAUAUCAGAGUGGCGCAGCGGAAGCAUAGUAGGCUAUGUUCUGUUUAU